AUGGGUUUUCUGUUGCUUGUGUCCCUAAGUUUACUGUCACUUGCAUCCACUGGUUAUCUGAUAUUUGCUGCCAUUGGUAAUCGGUGCAACCCUGCCAUUGGUUUUGUGGCUCUUCCUGCGGUCAGUAUUCAGUCCCUUGCGUCCAUUGGACUUGUGUCCAUUGGUUAUGUGGCUCCUACUGCAAUUGAUGUUCGGUCUAUUGUGUCCAUUGGUUGUUUGGCUGCUGCUGCCAUUGAUGUUCAAUCUGUUGUGUCCAUUGGUUGUUUGGCUGUUUCUGCCAUUGUUCUUCAGUAUUUUGCUUCCAUUGGUUCUCUGGAUCAUGUUGCCAUUGGUUUUCCAUCGCUUGCGUCGGUUACUCUUCUUUCGCUUUUGUCCCACUCCAUGACGCCCCAGUACGUUUUUUACUUUUACUUUGGUUAUUUGGAAUGA